AUGAAGGCGCUGCGGACGGCCGUGUCCGGCUCGCGCGUGCGCUUCACGCAGGACGGCUUCGACCUGGACCUGACGUACAUCACGCCGAGGCUCAUCGCCAUGGGCUAUCCUGCCUCGGGCGUGGAGAAGACGUACCGCAACGACAUCAACCAAGUCGCGAGUCUGCUCAACGCGCGGCACCCGAGCGCCUACCGCGUGUACAACCUGAGCGAACGGCAUUACGACUAUGCAAAGUUCGAGGACCGCGUGAGCGAGUGCGGCUUUCCCGACCACCACCCGCCGCCGCUGCAGCUGUUGCUCGACAUAAUGAACGACAUGAUUGAGUGGGUGGCCAAGAGCGACAAGCACGUGGUCGUCGUGCACUGCCUCGCUGGCAAGGGCCGCACGGGCGUCGUGUGCUCGUGCUACUUGCUGCUGACAGGGCACUAUGGCAGCGUGUUUAAGCUGCGCAAAGAGCGCGAACUGCGCGAGUUGGCGAACUCGAGCAUCCGCGACUUUUGGCAAGCGCGCGGCCAAGGCGUGCGGUUUCCGAGCCAGGCUUUGUAUAUUUAUUACUUUAUCAAAGUGCUGAGGCGACAGGGCCGUCGACCGGCACAGAUCCCGCCGUUGCGGCCGGCAAAGAAGAUGCUGCUUCGAAGCAUUGUGCUCAAUGGCGUGCCGGACUUUGAAGCGCAGCCACGAGGUGGGUGCACUCCCUUUUUGCAAGUCCUGCCAGCGCCGUCGCAGCACUUUAAGCCGCAGUUGCUGUACAACAGCUCGUGGCAUCAUCCAAAGUUUGAAACGUACUUGGCCGACCCGCUUGGGUCGAUUAUGUUUGAGGUCAACACCGAGGUGCAAGGCGAUGUGACGGUGCGGUGUUUCCACGCCAAUAUCACGAACAUCCUGGGCAGGCACAUGGUCAAGAUGUUCCAUUUCACGUUCCACACCGACUUUUUCCACAAUUACAGCAACCAGUAUCGACUGCCGAAGGCCGAGGUGGAUGAGGCUACUGGCAACCAGCGAUACCCGGAAAACUUCGAAGUGGUUUGCAACGUCACGAUGUUGGACCCAAAUCAAAGCGCGAAACCACCGCGGCCGUCGAUUGUGCGUUCGGGGAGUAGUAACAAUCUGUGCAAUGAAAUACCGGAGCAAGCGAAAGUUGUGUAUCCUCCGCCAAUGACGCAACAGCGCCGAAUGACGUUGCCGUCCCACCAAGACAUGUUUGACGAGCGACGGACGCGAUCGCAAACUUCUUCGCAGCAAGAUGAGUCAACGCCUAAUAUGCAAGGUUGGUUGUACAAGCAGGGCGGUUUCGUGAAGAAUUGGAAGAAACGAUGGUUUGUCGCGCGGGAGGGAAAGAUGAUGUACUAUCACGGCAAUUCGGACGCUACGCCACUGGGAGUCGUGAACUUGCGGCGCGUGACUGUGGAGACUUGCGAUCCGCAUGAAGUCAACGCGCGGAACAAGUGCUUGCACUUUUUCAAGAUCAUACCUCCAAGUGCUGGCCAGCGCACCUACUUUUUUGGUGCUGAAUCCGAGCAGGAAUUAGUGACUUGGGUCAAUGUGGUAGGUGCGCAAUCCGCUUACGGCAUCAUCUAUAGUGCGGUGCCACGGCGGCCUCAGCGCAGCAUUACGAUCGUUACACGUGCAUCGUACGAGCAUGAACACCAGACGCCGAACGGUGAAGCAGGGCAGAGAUGCCAGCCGAACACUGACGGUAACGAGAACGACCGUGUGAGCGACGCAAGGCCGUCGCUGCUGUCCACGAUCGCAGCUGCACCUAGGGCCGCCUUCGACACGCUCAAGGGUGUCCGUCGGCCAUCGCAACACCAGGCCACAGACAUUCCGUUUCACCCGCCACCUCGCGAAGACACCUUUUGGCGCGAUGCAGUGGGUAUGGGACCAUCAGCGUUUACCAAAGCCAAGGAACGUGGAAGCAUGAUGGGUAGAUUUUUCGGAGACUUGCGUUCACUGUCGUUCUCGGACUACGACGACCACGAGAAAGAUCAGUCGCCACCGGCCUCAGCUGUUCCCAAAUGCGUGCCAGCUGCACCCGUAGCUGAUCUCACGAAUACUCUCUCGACACGAGAGCAGGCGUCGCUGUUACAAGAAGUCAGCAAAUAUGACACGGGGAUUUACGUUUACUCGGCGGAUGAACUGCAAGAGGCUACAAGACUACAGCAAUACAUGCGCACGACCUGCGGUGCGCGCUCUUUCAGCGAUGGCGAUCCUGACUGCGAUCCGAAGUCGGCGGUCUCGGUCGCUUACGAGCUCAAAGCUUCGCCUCCAGGCACACUUAGCCACCAGCUGCAUUACUACGUGAUGCAGAAUCGAAUGGGUGACGCCGAGCAGCUGCUUACCGAGCUUGUGCUUACGAAAUUUCCUGGGCUCAUCGACGCCAUGGACCACGACCCUCUGGCGUUCACUCGGCUGAUCGCCAGUGGAGACGUAGCACUUGCUGGCUAUGAAGAGCAGGAUGGUGCAAGUUAUACAGCUGGAAACGACUUCAAAGGCAAUCAUCGCGCUGUUUUUCUCUAG